CUCCAUUUCGAGUCCCUUUUCUCCCGUUCCCACCAACCAUCUCUGCCCUUUUGAAAAAUCACUCUAUUGCUUGAUAUUCUGCCAAACUGUUGACGAUUGCUUUCAUUGAUUCAGCUGUGGGGCCCACUUGUUGUCACCAGAUACGAAGCUUCUACUUCAUCUCGAUUAGACUGGUCACUCCUUUGAGUACACGCAGUAAAAGCCAAUUUGCAAGUCGUAAACUUGAAAGAAUGGGAUUCGAACGCGACUUCGAAUCUAUUCGCGACUCUACAAGAUCUGAAGAGGCGCGAGAGCGAAUAGUCAAUGAUCGGCAAACUAGCUCAGCUGCAGCUAAGCUGUCGAAGCUGCCAGCCGCCUCCGAGCGAGGGCUGUCUACAGUAGUCCUCGCACUGGCGACUGUCAGUUUCUUCAUCUUCUCUACCCUCCUUUAUAUUCGGCCUUAUAUCUGGGCGUAUUCCACCAGUCCUUACAAGACAAUACACGACUCACACCAUCAUGCGUACUGGUUAUGCUUAUACUUCUCUUGCUCUCGUCUCCGCCCUUAUACCUGCCGCUAGCGCACGAAUGCUCCUCAAGGACGAAUUUAUUGGCGAAGACUUUUUCUCUCGUUGGAAGUGGGAGACCUUCGACGAUCCUACACACGGACGUACGAAUUAUGUUGACCAAGAAAUUGCAAAAAAGAAUAACCUCUCAUAUGCCUCGGAUACAAAGUUCGUCAUGCGAGCAGACUCUUUCUCUACCGUUCCGCAGGAUGCUCGAGGGCGUGACAGCGUUCGCAUCUCAUCAUACGAUGCCUACGCCGAUUCUGUCAUAGUCCUCGAUCUUGCUCACAUGCCAGAGGGAUGCGGCACCUGGCCUGCCUUUUGGACUUUGAGUCAUAAAGGCCCAUGGCCUAACGGAGGUGAGAUUGAUAUUGUAGAAGGUGUCAACCUCAAUCAAGCGAAUCUUGCCUCACUUCACACAACCCCAUCGUGUACGAUGCCACAAAAUCGAGAUCAGACCGGAUUUUCCACGUCAACAAACUGCGAUUCGUCCGUAAACUACAAUCAAGGUUGUGGUGCCUCCUUCGCCAAACCUGCAUCCUAUGGUAACCCCUUCAACGCCCAGGGUGGUGGAUGGUUCGUCAUGGCCCGUACCCCUGAAGAUGGCAUAAGAAUUUGGUUCUGGUCGCGAAACGAUCCUAAUGUGCCUCCAGAAAUCUGUGAUUCGGAUUCGCAAGAUGGACCUUCAGAUCUUACGCCGAGUCCUAGUUGGGGCAGGCCAGAGGCUAGUUUCCCGCUUGGAGACAAUUGUGAUUAUGAUAGUCACUUCGACGCUCAUAGCAUGGUGUUUGAUCUGACUUUUUGCGGCGAUUGGGCUGGUUCUGCUUAUCCUAACAGCGGCUGCGGGGGCAAUUGUGUUGACUUUGUCAACAACAAUAAUGAGGCCUUCUCUGAAGCGUACUGGGAAAUCAAUUCCCUUCGUGUCUAUACCCCUGCCUGAUCUGGCAGUCACGUUCUUUUACUUUCUCUCAAUCUCGAAUCGGAAUGAUACCAGAAUACCCUAAUUGCUUAGAUGCGUAUUUAGAUAAUAGAUAGCAUAAAGCCUCCUUGUCUCUUGGCAAAAUGCUAGAGAAAAAGGUUCAAUAACUCGAACUCUAGCGCGACUACGGAUUCUCGUUAAAGCAUUAUUUCUCGUGGUGGUGUGGGCGGAUGAGCUGAGAGCAAUGUGUGCCCAAUCUCCUGAGGAAAGUCAUCACUUAUCGACGAUGAUCAUGUAUUCUUUCCUAUGUACCCACAAGAGCAGAUCAAAACGCCAUGUUGAAAUGCGCGGUAGACGUGUCGCGUCGCGUCUGCAGCUGGGAAGCAGCAUGUGAUCGCGAUUCAUUAUCAGGCUGUUUGUUCCCUCGUCAAUUCUUCGUCGUCAGGUUCCGCAGUUUCAAGUGAACUUUUCCCUCCGAAUCUUACCACUCAUUUGCAGGGAGAUCUUGACGGGAGUAUUUCGUACUUUGUUGUCCAUACAAUAGAUUCCCUUGCCAAGU